AUCAGUUUAGCUUUGUUUUGGUAUGGAGAGUAACGUGGGUUUAGCAUCAGCAGACAUUAGCAGAUGUGUCUGGAAAAAGGAGAAAUAAAAGUAAAUGCAGGAUUAAGGUGCUGUGUUCGUAACUAGUGUAUAACAUUGAAUAUUUACUCAUUCAUGUUUAUCGUGUUUAUCUUGGGUAAAACUGUGUAGCAGGCAAGCUACCAUAGUUUGUGGUCUCUGGAUAUCUAUGGUACCCUGGUGCAUACGUUGCUACAGGAAGAUGUUUAGCUCAAACUUGCAGUGGUAGUUGGGUUGAUUGACAUUCUCACCAUAAAUGAGCCUCCCUGGAUGGAGUUCAUUCGAAAUCAGACCAGGAACCACCUCCUUCUGACGGUCACUUCUUCUCCAUUGAGUGCAAUUAUUGUGCUCGCAUCUGCACCAACUAACUACAUCAAAAGGGAAAAUGAACCAGAGAUCAGUUUAAACCGACCAAACAAAAUUAGUUUCACUCCUCUCAUUAACUUUUACUGUUGCACCUGAUUUUCAGUCAGUGACACACAAAAAAAAUCAGUUUGGGUAAUUGUAGGUAUCCCACAGUGCUUCUCUACUGUUUGGGUACAAUGACAGAGUUAAAACAAAAGAGGUAAAAUAUGAGUCAAUAAGAAAUUAUAGUAAGACUUAUUAGUCUUACUUAUCAUUUGUCACUUGACUAAAAACAGCUUUAAUGAAACAAGUAAAAAAAAAAAAAAAAGGCAGUGGUGCAACAUGCAGAAAACUGGCAGUUUGUUAGGUAAAAACACUUUUAUAUCAUGGUUUAUUGUGACAGUUUUCUUUUUCUUUUUUUUUCUUUCAACCUCUGUUGCUCUCCAGUUGGCCAAAAAGAAAAUAUCGGCAGCAGCUUUAAAGUGACUUGAGUGUAACUUGACUAAUUCUGGUGAACAUUGAUGUGAUUCAUAAUAAUGGCUCCCAACCUUUGUUUAUAGUUUAUUCUCACGCAUGUUUCAUUUGAGACACAAUGUAGCUCUUUUACCUUCUUUAUUGCUAGGACAGUACCACGACAUCAGCUGAUAAUAGAUUUUUGUACCCUGUCAUUACAUGUAAAUUUACAUUUUACAACUGCUACAAAAUGCAAACAAGUAAAAAUACUGUUGCUAAAACUGACUUUCCUAAUAUGUUUAAUCAGUGAUGAGUUUUGUACGGUUGGAUCUGUGUGUACACAUUAUUCCCUUUUCUUAAAUGAGCCCAUGCUAAUCCUGUUGCUGACCCAGGCCAAAGCCCAGGUGCUGCCUGUUGUUAUCUCACUGAGUAGGUCAGUGGAUUAAGCCACUGCUUGUUCCCACUGCAGCACUUUGCUUGCUCAUCCUCAGCUUGGCCCGGAGAAACCUAGGUAGCGUUGUUCACAUGUUGGCUGCAGAGGCUUUCCUUGUUAACAACAAUACAUGGAAUUAGCUGAAAAUGAAUUCCGUAGGACUUUAACUCUUCCGGCACCGCUUGACCAUAGCAGUGAGAUGUCCCUCUCAGAGUCUGGGUUUGAACCUGGUGGUAAGAGGAAUUUCCUCCAGCUUACAGAUAAAGAUGGAGAGCAGCCCCAGAUUGCAUCUGAUGAGUCAGGAACAGCAGAUAGCAGUGGACUAGAUGACAGUUCCCAGGAACGAUUUAUUGGACCCCUACUGAGAGAUGGGACUCCUGGCUGCAGUGGUGACUACAGCAGUCCAUCUUACUCUUACUCGUCCAUCCUUAGCAAGUCUGAGACGGGUUAUGUGGGCUUGGUCAACCAAGCGAUGACUUGCUAUUUGAACAGUCUGCUGCAAACAUUGUUCAUGACCCCAGAGUUUAGGAAUGCACUCUACAAUUGGGAGUUUGAGGAGCAAGAGGAGGAUCCUGUCACCAGUAUUCCCUACCAGCUGCAAAGACUGUUUGUUCUGUUGCAAACUAGUAAGAAACGGGCAAUUGAGACUACUGAUGUGACGCGAAGCUUUGGCUGGGACAGCAGUGAGGCUUGGCAACAACAUGACGUCCAGGAGCUGUGCAGGGUCAUGUUCGAUGCCCUGGAGCAGAAGUGGAAGCAAACGGAGCAGGCUGACCUGAUCAACCAGUUGUACCAGGGAAAGCUGAAGGACUAUGUCCGUUGUCUGGAGUGUGGCUAUGAGAGCUGGAGGAUUGAUACUUACCUGGACAUCCCUCUUGUGAUCAGACCCUUUGGAGCCAGCCAAGCCUAUGGCAGUGUGGAGGAAGCAUUACAGGCAUUCAUACAACCAGAAACACUUGAUGGGCCCAACCAGUAUUUCUGUGAACGCUGUAAAAAGAAAUGUGAUGCCCGUAAGGGGCUGAGAUUUCUGCACUUUCCUUACCUGCUGACAUUACAGUUGAAAAGGUUUGAUUUUGACUACACCACUAUGCAUCGCAUCAAACUUAAUGACCGCAUGACCUUCCCAGAGGAACUUGACAUGAGUCCAUUUAUUGAUGUGGAAGAUGAGAAGUCCCCUCAGACCGAGAGCUGCACUGACAGCGGAGCAGAGAAUGAAGGCAGUUGCCACAGCGACCAGAUGAGCAACGAUUUUUCCACCGAUGAUUGUGUGGAUGAGGGCAUCUGCUUGGACAGCACCAGCAGCACAGAGAGGGUGUUGAAGCCAAAGAGUUUGCUGACCUUUGAGCUGUUUUCUGUUAUGGUCCAUUCUGGGAGCGCUGCGGGCGGGCACUAUUAUGCCUGUAUCAAGUCCUUCAGUGAUGGCCAGUGGUACAGUUUCAACGAUCAGCACGUUAGCAAGAUCACCCAGGAUGAUAUCAGGAAAACAUAUGGGGGAUCCUCAGGGAGCAGAGGCUAUUACUCCGGUGCCUUUGCAAGCUCUACAAACGCAUAUAUGCUGAUUUAUAGACUGAAAGAUCCUUCAAGGAAUGCAAAGUUUUUAGCCGUGGAGGACUUCCCAGACCACAUAAAGCGUUUGGUUCAAAAGGAGAAAGAGUCUGAAGAGCAAGAAAAGAGACAGCGGGAGAUUGAACGCAACACUUGCAAGAUCAAGCUCUUCUGCAUGCAUCCUGUGAAGAUGAUGAUGGAGAGCAAGUUGGAAGUGCACAAAGACAAAACUCUCAGAGAAGCAACAGAAAUGGCCUACAAGAUGAUGGAGCUUGAGGGAGUUGUCCCUCUGGACUGCUGUCGCUUGGUAAAAUAUGAUGAGUUCCAUGAGUACCUGGAGCGCUCUUAUGAAGGAGAGGAGGACACACCAAUGGGCCUCCUCCUUGGAGGAGUCAAGUCUUCAUACAUGUUUGACUUGCUUCUAGAAACCCGCAGGCCAGAUCAAGUGUUCCAGCCUUACAAACCUGGAGAGGUGAUGGUGAAGGUUCAUGUUGUUAAUCUGAAGAGCGAGACCAUCGCGUCUCCCGUCAGCGUUCGGGCGUACUUGAACCAGACGAUCACUGAAUUCAAACAGCUUAUUGCACAGGCUACAGGGCUUUCUGCAGAGACCAUGCGUGUGGUUCUGGAGCGCUGCUAUAAUGACCUCCGGCUUCUCUAUGUCCCAAACAAGACACUGAAGGCUGAGGGAUUCUUCAGGAGCAACAAGGUUUUUGUUGAGAGCUCUGAGUUGACCGAUCAUCAGGUUCCUUUCACUGACUCGCUCUUGUGGAAACUGUUGGAUCGGCACGGGAAUACGAUCCGGCUGUUAGUCUUACUACCAGAGCAGUCUCCUGGUACCUUGGCAAACAGAACUCUUUUCCAAAAAGUAGGAAGUGACUCUGAUGUGCUCUCUGAGGGUGCAAAGGGUAACAGGAAAUCUGUAGAGGCUAUCCUGGAGGAGAGCACAGAAAAGUUAAAGAAUCUGUCUCUGCAGCAGCAGCAGGGCUCCAGCACCAGUGACAGCCAGAAAAGCUCUGACGCCAGCGACUUUGAACAUAUCGAAUCCCCAACCCAAGAGGCGGACUCAAACUCUUCUCUCUGCGUGGCUGCAGACAACAGAGAGUUAGAGAAUCGGAUCAGGGCCACGUCUGCGGGUAGCGGCGGCGCCUCCUCUGACCCUGAGAACCACUUUGCCUGUGAGGAGCGGUCGGACUCAGAAGUGAACAAUGACCGCAGCACCAGCUCGGUGGACAGUGACAUCCUGAGCUCCAGUCACAGCAGUGACACGCUGUGUAACGCAGACAGCGGCCCAAUCCAGCUGGCCAAUGGCCUGGACUCGCACAGCAUCACGAGUAGCCGGCGCUCCAAAGCCCACGAGGGCAAAAAAGAGACCUGGGACACUGCAGAGGAAGACUCUGGAACUGACAGCGAAUAUGACGACAAUGGAAAGAGCAAGGCAGAGGCCCAGUACCUGUACUUCAGAGCAGAGCCUUGUUCUCAGGAUGAUGCCUCAUGGAAUUCACAAAAAUGUUUGGUGGUUCAUGUGGACAAGAGAAUAACAUUAGCAGCAUUUAAGCUGAACUUGGAGCCCUACGUCGGCGUCACCUCGACCCAGUUCAAGGUGUUUAGGGUGUAUGCCAACAACCAGGAGUUUGAGAGUGUACGGCUCAACGAGACACUCUCAUCGUUCUCUGACGAUAAUAAGAUAACCAUUCGACUAGGCAGAGCCCUUAAAAAGGGUGAAUACAGAGUGAAAGUGUAUCAACUACUAGUCAAUGAACCAGAGCCCUGCAAGUUCCUAGUGGACACGGUGUUUGCCAAGGGUAUGACUGUCAGACAGUCUAAAGAGGAGCUGCUUCCUCAGUUAAAAGAGCAGUGUAAACUUGACCUCAGCAUUGACAGGGUUCGCCUCAGGAAAAAGACGUGGAAGAAUCCGGGCACAGUGUUUUUGGAUUACCACGUUUAUGAGGAAGACAUCAGCAUUUCGUCCAACUGGGAGGUUUUCCUUGAAGUCCUUGAUGAACCAGAGAAGAUGAAAUCAAUGUCACAGUUGGCCGUUCUGACUCGGAGAUGGAGCCCGUCUACAAUGAAGCUGGGGCCUUUUCAGGAAGUGAUUCUGGAGAGCAGCAGCGUGGAGGAACUCAAGGAGAAGCUUAGUGAAAUCAGUGGUAUACCAUUGGAAAACCUGGAGUUUGCAAAGGGUAGGGGGACAUUUCCUUGUGAUAUUUCUGUGUUGGAAAUCCAUCAGGAUUUAGACUGGAACCCCAAGGUGUCAACCCUUAAUGUGUGGCCUCUUUACAUCUGUGAUGAUGGGGCGGUGGUCUUCUACAGGGACAGCACAGAAGAACCUCUGGAGUUGUCAGAGGAUGAGCGCAACGAGCUAAUGAAGAAGGAAAGCAGCCGUCUGCUUAAAACCGGACACCGUGUCAGUUACUCGCCACGCAAAGAGAAGGCCCUCAAGAUCUACCUGGACGGCGGCCCUGCAAAGGACCCAGGGCAGGACUGAGGCGUGGAGAAACACUCGUGGGUUAUUUGUUUUGCCUGGGUGCUGCAGCAGAGCAUCCAGGCUGCGGGACUCUGAAUGUCGGGCCCGACAGUGACUUGAAAUCGAGCAGCGCUGUGAGGAUUAUGUGCUCUCACCCUCCACCCUGAGCUCCAGGCUCAGAAACCCUAUUGUGCACUAUAGUGUAUUGUACUGUAAAGAUUAAAGGGAAGUACAAAAGCUAUUUGGAUGCUGUAUAGACAAAUCAAUUGAAAGUGAAAGCUUCAGGGAUGGAUGUGGAGAGUCUAGGACUGUGAAACCGGUCUGGGAGGCAUCCAUCCGGACUAUUCAAGGCUCCAGUCUACUUUUACAUCAGGCUCUUUCACUGUCCUCCCCAUCACUGUGUGUUCAUCUCCGUGUUUUGGACAAUAGUGUUGAUUAUGAUUCAUCCGUGGCCGUCUUGUAAAUCCAUGUGCUCACAAUUUUUGAGCACCACUUUGUUGGAGAAUCAAUCUAAAUCAUCUUACGUUGAACAUCUUCCUUUAAAUUAAAAAAAAAAAGAAAAAAAAAGAAACUACUUAUCCAGCCUUCCUCAGUCUCACCUCUUCUGCCGAGACAAACCUCACUCACUCAGACUGCCUGACAAAUUGAGGAACCAUUCAUUCACAAGAA